UUCUAGAUUUUAAAUAAUGCCGGUUCGGCCUCUGCCUCCAGCCUUAGCAGAGAAGGCUCGAUUAGAACUAAACGAAAACCCGAAAUUACUUGAAGAAAGCAUACGUCAUUUAAAGCAAUGGAUCUCAACGCAACCACAUUUAAGAGUCCGAACAGAUGACCAGUGGCUGGCUGCAUUUUUACGUGGUUGUAAAUUUAGACUAGAUCAAACAAAAAUUAAAUUAGAUCUUUAUUUUUCAUUUAGAAGCACAGCCCCGUAUUUAUAUAGCGUUAAAUAUUACGAACCUAAAGUUAUGGAUAUAAUAAACACGGGAGCAACUUUAAUACUACCAAAAACGAAGAACUCAGCUGAUCCACGAGUUAUAUUGUAUAGAAUCGGUAAAAUAGAUCUCAAGCAAUACACCAUAAUAGAUAUAAUGUCGGUCCUUGUCCUUCAAGAACAGAUCUGCUUCAUGGAAGAUGAUAACUUUGUAGUGGCAGGUACAGUCAAUGUUGUAGACCUAGAGGGUGCUAGAUUGGGACACUAUACACAAACUUCGAUCAGACAAUUAAGGAAUUUAGUUGCUGCUAAUCAGGAUGCGGUGCCAGUUAGAAUUAAGGCAAUACAUUUUUUAAAUACUCCAUUCUUUUUUGAAACCGUUUUUGGUAUCGUCAGAAGAUUUAUGAAUGAAAAGAGUAAAAAAAGGAUAAUAGUUCAUAACAAGAAUAUGGAAUCUUUUUAUGAACAUGUACCCAGGGAGGUAUUACCUGGAGAAUAUGGGGGAACGGGCGAUAGUAUACAAGAUUGCAUAGACCAUUGGAAGAAUAAGAUGCGUGACAACAGCUCAUUUUUCGAAGACGACCUUAAAUAUGGAAGCGAUGAAUCGAAACGACCUGAAAAAUCAGAUCCAGCAGUCAUUAAUGAUCCGUUCAGAGGCUUAGAACUGGAUUGAAUAUUAUUGUUGCUGUUGCUUAACAAUAAUGUACAGCUUUGGUGGCAGGCGGUAUAAAAUAUUACGGAGCCGAAAAUAAUUCGAAGGUAGCUGGACAAAACGAUAGUACAUCAAUAU